CCUAGAUAACCAGAAAGCGACUACAUUGUGGUGAGGUAGAAGAAAUAACCAGAGAGAAUCAAGAAAAAAUGGUUUCUGGAUCCGGCGUCUGCAAGCGAGUCGUGGUGGUGGACGCUCGCCACCACAUGCUUGGACGAUUAUCGUCAAUUCUAGCCAAAGAGCUUCUCAAUGGUCAGAAAGUUGUCGUCGUUCGAUGCGAAGAGAUCUGUCUCUCCGGUGGCCUUGUUCGCCAGAAAAUGAAGUACCUCCGUUUUCUCCGUAAGCGAAUGAACACCAAGCCUUCUCAUGGUCCCAUUCAUUUCCGCGCUCCUUCCAAGAUUCUCUGGCGUACCAUUCGCGGGAUGAUCCCUCAUAAGACUAAGCGUGGAGCUGCUGCACUUGCAAGGCUAAAGGUUUAUGAAGGUAUCCCACCUCCGUAUGACAAGAUCAAGAGAAUGGUCAUCCCUGAUGCUCUCAAAGUAUUGAGGCUACAAGCUGGACACAAGUACUGCUUGUUGGGUAAACUCUCUGCUGAGGUUGGAUGGAACUACCACGAAACCAUAAAGGAGUUGGAGGAGAAGAGAAAGGAGAAAUCCCAGGUUGUUUAUGAGAGGAAGAAGCUAUUGGCUAAGUUGAGAAUCAAGGCUGAAAAAAUUGCUGAAGAAAAGCUUGGCUCUCAGUUAGACAUCCUUGCUCCAGUUAAAUAUUGAAUGAAAUAUGCUUCUUUUUCAUUUUCAUCACUAAGCACAAUUUAAUAUUAUUAUUAGCCAAUCUAUUGAUAGAGAAGCUAAUAAUAAAGACCUGGGUUUGUUUAAAUUUUAAGAUUUUUUCUUUCUUUCUUUUUGAACC